AUGUUUCACCUUUUAAAUUUCAUAGCCGGCAUGAAUACCACUUUGGAGUGUAGGUGCUCCAAGGAACUGACCCACGAAAUGGUGCUUCGGAGUCAAGAAGAAGAAGCCGAAAGUAGUUCAAACGAAUGUUUCGAACACAUGAACACGCAUUGCGCACAAUGUUGCAAUCCGUCCGAUUAUUCGGUGAAGGCUUUACGAAAACUUUUCCUGCAAAAAAAUCUCAAUUCAUGUGAUGAAUCGAAACCAAAGCAUACGGGGACGAUAAUCGAAUCCUUGCCUGUGUGCAAACACUGUAAACAAUUUGAAGGAAUGACGGAAAAGGACAUUUCGGAACGGCAGAAGAAUGAGGGACUAUCCGUCCAAGAACUGAAGAAGAUGUACGAGGCAAAAGUCAAGUCCCUGGAUCAUGCGAGCUCAGUAAGGUCAGCGAGUGUGUGUUCCCGACCUGUCACGGCAAAGACAGAAGAUCGACAGGAUGCAAUCUCUGGAGACGUACCUCACCCAGAGGGACAGAUGUUCAUGUUCCACGACGAGCCUAAUCAUAGUAAGCCUUGCGGUCGAUGGCAUAUUACAAGCCAGAACAUCACGGAAAUAUCAAACGGGAUGCAAAUUACUUUUACCUUGAUGGCCGAUCACUAA